CCACCUGUUCUUUCCGUCACUGGAGACUCUCGUCUUUCUUCUGAAGUUGCCUCGGAUGCAAAUGUCGCGGUGCACGAGGACCGCGGGGCUAACAAUGCGGCGGACAGCGUGAGUAGGGUCUCCGUGAUUUCACCCACGCAGGAAGAUUCAAAGGAGAUUAUCACCCUGCGUGUUCUUGGCCAUAUUGAGAAAAUUGUUGAUCGCCCCGAAAAUGCAAAAAUACUGCUCCCAUUCCCCUGGUUGAUUUGGCUGUGGGGCGCUGUGGGGCCUGUGCUUGACCCCGCGAGCAAUAGUAGCACCGAACCAUUAUCCAAAAUGUCAAAGAAGCACAUGGUCGCAAUUCAGCAACAAUUUCGGAACAUCGUGCGUCGGUUGGCAAUUCUAGAUGUGAUUUGCAACACCAAGGCCGGGAUUGUGCGUACCUUGCGACAGACGGAGCAGCCGCCCUUCCUCAUACGCCUUGUGCUAGAAGAGAUUGUCGCGCAUUUUACGAAAUUUCGAUGUGAGAUCAGCAGUCGAAGCGAUGCGACCAACAUAAUCAAGAAUUUGGAUUUUCUCUUCCACGGCAUCGAGGACUUAUUGCGCCCCUUCCCACUGCCGUUGGGGCUGGAGAUUGUGAACGCCAUAAGUGCCAUUGCCGUCAACAACAACUCGUGGGUCCGCACAAAAAUGAAGAACUCAAGUCGUCUAUUUGAAACGCGAAAGAACCUGAGUUUAGCGCUUCUAAUAUCGACCAAAAAGUUUUCCAAGCUGGAGUCCCCGGUGCUUACUCAGCUGCUGGGAGCCAAUGGUUAUGAACCCAAUACUAUACGGGUGUUGCUGCGUAGAUUGAUAGCUGCCACGUCCAUUUGUGAUGUUGACGAGGUUGAGCAAUUGCUUGCAUUGACACGCCAGUUUCUUAGUGGCGAUCCGAAUCACUGUCAGGCCAUUCUCUCUAUUAUUGGCAUGGAAUACCGCAGUUUUGCGGAGUUAUUAUGUGGAAAUUCGAGUAGUAGAAAAGUCAAUUCUUCGGCUUGCCCCGAGCGUAGUUUACCGGGCUCUACAGCGUCGUCUAUCCGUACCGAAGAGCAGGUCACAGUCGACGAGUUGCCUGCGGCGGAGGUUAUCCGUUGGAGCCUGGAGGACAAAGUCCGGUGGGAGACUGUCAGGCAACGUGUGUAUGCAGCCACCAACUCUUUGGGCACUGUGCAUGGUAGGGGUGGCUCGGAGGACGUGACGGUGAGUCCGCUACCAAGGUCGAAGCGGAUAGAAGAGCGCCAGCAGAGUAUUCAACACAAAGUUGCCGCCGAGGUGUAUCGCAUCAAACGGGAAGUGAACUACUACCUGAAUAUGAAUGGUAGCAGUGUUGCUUCUCAUCUCCCCAACAACAGCUUUAUGAAGACUUCAACGCCUGUGGAUUCAGCAAUGACAGAAAUUCAGCGAAAUAUUUCUUUUUGA